GUUCGACGGAACUGAAAGAAGAGGAAGGCGCACGGAUACCAAAGUCCCGUUUGAUAGCGACACUGAGAAAAAUACACGGAUGCCGUCACUUCCAAUAUUUUUUAGUCAUCGGAGUCACGUAAGUGGACGUAUCUUUGACUAGCAGGCAUCAUGAAAAUUCUGGGCAUCGAGUUUGCACCUCUAUUUCUUCCCGUCGCACGACGUCUUCAGACAGCUGCAGUUAUCUAUACGACUGCUGGAUUCAUGUUGGGAGGCCUUCUGUGCACUCUUCUCUGCGUGUACCUGCUGUUCUUCACCCAAUACUACUUCGUACCACUGAUUUACCUGGCGUGGUACAUCGUCGACAGAGAGACGCCGAAACGGGGUGGCAGGGCGAGCGAUUGGGUUCGCCGAUGGAAGCUAUGGAAAUACGAACGGGAUUAUUUCCCCAUAGAACUCGUCAAGACGGCGGAAUUGGAUUCCAAUAAGAACUACAUCAUGGGUUAUCAUCCUCACGGCAUCACUGCCUUCGGAGCACAGUGCAAUUUCGCCACGGAAGCUACGGAUUUCAGCAAGGUGUUUCCCGGCAUUAAACCUCACCCGUUGACGCUCAACUUGAAUUUUAAGUUUCCUUUCACCAGAGAACUCCUCAUGUUUUAUGGGAUGUGCUCUGUGGAUAGAGAAAGUCUAGUGUGGAUCCUGACGAAACAAGGGACGGGGAACGCGGCCAUCAUUGUCAUUGGUGGAGCUCAAGAGGCCCUAUACGCUCAUAAAGGCAGCUACGUGUUGGAACUCAAGAAAAGGAAAGGGUUUGCCCGAUACGCGCUCAAGUGUGGGGCGGACCUAGUACCUGUGUUUUCUUUCGGGGAGAACGAUAUCUUCUCUCAAGUGAAGAAUCCUCCGGGGUCAAUACUGAGGAGGUUUCAGGAGUCCUGCAAGAGGCUCACCACAGUGUCCCCAGUCGUGUUUUACGGCAGAGGAAUCUUCCAGUAUAACUACGGCUACUUGCCAUACAGGUCUAGAAUCGUCACAGUCGUUGGAAAACCAAUCAGCGUGGCAAAGGUGGAAGAGCCUACGCAAGAACAAGUGGACAGUCUUCAUCGGAAGUACGUGGACCAAUUGAAAGAGCUCUUCGAAGAACACAAAACGAGAUAUGGCGCUGCGAACUGUGCCUUAGAAAUAAUCUAGCUACGCUAUGCAACCGCCGCUGUGAUUGUGCAGAUAUCCUGCAGGUGAUAAUAAAAGAUGGACUGUUUCGAGGACAA